UCCCCUCAAUGAUUAAUCGCGUUUGUUUACCGUACACCCAUUCACAGCUCACCCCUCGUACCCUCCCCACACAAAUACCUCACCCCCCCUUCCCAUCGCACCAUCCACUAAUAAACACGGCCACCAUAAACAUCCUAUCCCAUCACUCAUCCCUAACAGUGUUUCAAACAAAAUAUAAAAAAACAUCCAAACAACAACAUUAAAUGAAGGAAGAGUACUACACCCUGGACCUGAGCAAGAACAACCUAUCAGAGAUACCAAUAACGUACAGGAGGGUGCACUGGCUCAUCCUAAGCAACAACAAUCUCAUCAACAUAAAAAACAUUCAGUACUACAAGGACGUGACCAGGCUCGCUCUGAACGAUAACUACCUGAUACGAUUGGAGAGCGGUAUCAACGCGCUUGCAAAUCUCAACUGGUUGGAUCUGACGCGCAAUAGGCUGAGUGAGCUUCCUUUCAUCAACCUAAAGAAUCUUAAUGGGCUAGGACUGUCCGAAAAUAAUUUUGACAGGAUACCGAGCUGCGUGUUUAACCUGAUUAAUUUGCGUAAGUUCGGGUUCUUUAGCAACAGAUUGAAGGUGAUAAGUCCGCUUAUAGGCAAUCUCAUCAAUCUCACGAAGCUUGAUCUGAGCAACAAUCACAUAAAGACGUUGCCGAAGGAACUCUUCGGUCUGAAAAAACUUACAUGGCUCAAUCUGUCAAAUAAUCAGAUAAAAUCGGUAGAUGGUAUCAACAAUCUGGUGCAGCUCGAAGAACUGGGCCUAGGAAAUAACCAGAUAGAGGAGGUUGAUAUCACGUUGAACAAUCUUAAGAUACUGCCACUCUUCAACAAUAAGAUACAGAAGAUACGCAUCAGGAUGUGCAGAAUAGAAAAAUUAGACUUUAGCGACAAUCAGAUCGAGCAUUUCGACUGGCGAGUGCUUGAGUGCAAGAAAUUGAGGUACCUCAACCUGAAGAAUAACAAGAUUAAGGAAAUACGGCUUGAAGAGAAUGAGCAUGUGGGGUAUUGCUACGGAUACGUGCGCUGUAACGGUAUAAAUUAUGGGAAUGGUACUUGUAAGAGGGACGGGUAUGGUUACAGCGGGAGAAAGGCUGGGGAUAGGUGUGGUAGAACGGGCGGGUGUGUGCUGGGAAUGGGGUACGGUAAGAUUUGUGAUCGGGUUCAGAACGGGGGUUGGGCUGAUGACCGGGCCAAGGACAGAGGUAGAGGUGAUACGUACGGUCGAGAGCACAAAGGUGGCAUACACCGCUAUGAAUACGGCGGUGAAGUGUACAAUCAGAGCAGUAGAACGUACCAAAACAGCAAAUCAUACAAAAAUAGUGUAAAUAGCAAAAAAAGUACGAACAGUGAUAGCAGCAGCACCAGCGACAAUCACAGCGGUACCACGUACUACAGCAGAUACAACGGUUAUAGGCACAAUUUCAACAGUGUACACGAAAAAUACGGCAGUGCGGGCACAGCCACACACAGCCAUACAGGCACAGCCACACACAGCCAUAGCAGCACAGCCACAGAUCGCAAGAACAAUUACAUCCCGCUGUUCACCAACACCGCCAAAUACACACAUUACUCCACAUUCUACGAUCUGUCCGUAUCACCAAACCUAUCCGUUCUAGACCUAAGCAACAACCACAUCCCAUACAUGCCGUUCAGCUGCUACUUCAAGCUCAAACACGUUAACACGCUGAGAAUGAACGGCAAUAAAUUUGUGAGAAGUGAAAACGUGAGCGGUGGUAUUGGCACGUUAGGGGAGUUGUGUUUCAAUGGGAUCGUUAACAGGGACAGGAAGAAUAUGGCGGGAGUGGAUGGUAGCAGGGAUGUGAUUAGCAGAGAGCUGAUCGGUGGGAAUAGCGUUGGUGAUUUUGGGAGUGAUGGUGCGGUAGGAACCAGCAGUACUUGGUCCAACAACCGUACCACCGCGUACAGUGGCAGUACUAAUGCCGGUUCCGCGUAUAGCACCCGCAUAAAUCUCAAUGCCAGCACCGAUGCAAAUGUCAGCACCACGUACCUCCCAAACAACUCAUCAAUCCACUUCAACAAAAUAUCCUUCAACUGCUCGGAAGAUACCAAUCCCAUAAAUCCCACAAAACUAAAGAACAAAAGACAGUGCGAUACGUGUCUAAGGUACUUCAUCACCGAUCCAUUCAUAAAAUACAUGGAGUACAACGAUAUUGUGCUUAUGUUCGUGCUGUGCAGUGUUAAAUGUGGUAAUGGAUUCGUCGACAAGGGGUAAGUAAAGGGUUUACGCGAUGGAAUGGUGUGUGUUGUUAAGCGGGGGCGGGCGGAGUGCUACAUGGCGUUGUGAUCUGUUUGAUGGGAGUGGUUUAUUCGUUGUAUGUGGUAAUUGCUCGGAUUAUUAUCAAAUACGGCCGGGUGUACCGUUUGUGCGUAUGGCCAGGGUAACAGUUGGCGACUUAUUAAACGCGUAUUGCCAUCCUUUAUUUGCAGCGGCACUCGAAACGCGAUCAUGCUCGUAUUUACCGUUCGAUAUUUUACCACUCAUCGCCUAC